UAUGCAUAUUUAAGUCGUUUUGAAUACCCCCAAAAAACUGCCGUCCUUCUCGAAAUAUUUUCAGUUAAAAUGAAGGCGAUUUUGGUCACAUUUUGGUUUCUUGCUAUUCUUGGACCUGAGCUCUCGCUCCAAGACGACUGUUCGGACGCACAAGAUCACUUACAGAUCAUAGCAGAUGAAUUCACGCUCUACAACGUGACGACGACGUUACCAAAGUUAACGUGCCUCAAUCUCACCUUCCCUCACUUCCCGAACGUCACCUACACUUCAGUGUUGAUACAGUACCAUGUAUGGAACUCUAAUGUGACUGGCUCGCUUUACGCCACUCCACGACCUGCGUAUGCAGUGAUGGGUGAUCAUCUGGGCUUGGUUUGGCCCGCAAAUCGUGUGGGCACCAUGCAGAGUUACUUGAGCCUGACCAACGACAACGAGACUGCGUCUGAAGCCCUGAUUUUGUAUUCACCGUUCAACAGCUCGGUGCCUGUCCCCGGUGGAUGUAACAUGGAAGCUAACCUUCAGAUCAAUCCAAACCUCAAGAUAGCAUAUCAAGUCGAGAACGUUCUCAUCAACGUCACUUUCUCCAUGGCGAAUGUCGGUUACGACAAAGAUCCUCCUGCCUGCGCGGGUUCCAAUCCAAAAAAGAGCGUGCUCCGCUAUGACUUUUAUAUCCUGUUCAUCGACUGGAACAAGUAUUCAAAGAACUCUCUGUUCAGCGACUUGAAGAAGAUGAUGACCGUUGAAGGCAUUCUGAAACAUGGUAGAAAGAUCCAUACUUUUGGCAAAAAUGACAAGCUGGAGCUGAGUUUGGCGAUGUUCAACGGACGGGGCGUUAUCCUGAAUGCGAUAGCGAGAGAUUCAACGACCAACCAGAUGGCACCCUACUCCCCGGCAGUCACCUACGCCUGCGGGAAUAACCAUGGGAGCCUGUGCUCUGGAAGGGUUCAACCUUUAUACGGUGUAGUGUUUGCUGUAGCAAUGAUCAUUGGAGGGAUAAUCUGCUUCUCAGGACAUCAUUUCUUCCAUGCAGAGAUUGUAUUCUUUGGAUAUCUUCCAUUCUGUCUCUUCUCGAUCAUGAUUCUGUCUGCAAACACCGCCCUCACUCAAGAUGUAAUCUUGUUGAUUUCUCUGACCAUGGGUAUUCCUGGUGGCUGUAUGUGGUUGGCCUUGUGGUGGCGCUUCGGUUACGUCCUUCCCAUAAUGAUGUGGGUGUCGUUGAACCUUGGAUUCCUCUUCUCUGCUAUCAUCUUCUUCACUCCCUUCGGAAAUUUGAUUGUUUGGUAUAAGUCAGUAGCCUAUGGUAUGGCAUACAUGUGUGGGGUUAUGAUCAUUCCAGUAAUCCUCAUCGCAUUCUCAAAGUUUCUGAGCAUGCUUGCGUGUGCAGUGUGGGGAAGCUAUCUUGUCAUAGCCGGCAUUAGCUACUAUGGAGGCGGUGUUCUUCAUUACAUUGUGCUGAACAUUAUCCAUAGAUCUUACAUAACAGGGUAUAGUGAAGCCCAUGUCAUUGUACCGAUGAACCCUUUAGAUUAUUUCCUGAUAGGCUUAUGGUUUGUACUGAUCGUAGCCGGUGUUCUUGUUCAGCGUCGACUCACUAGAGGGCGACGUGACUUCCCACUCUGUCGUUACAAGGAGAACCUGCUGAAGCGUAACCACGAGAAGGCGAUGAGGAAUCGUAACCGCUACGAGGAUCGAGAGCGCCAAGGCCAGCAACGCGUGUUGGAGGAUCCUGCGGGAAACGUGAACGCGGGCGAUGACGACAGGAAUCCACUCAUUGUAGAUUAGUGAAAAAGAAUGCUAUGUGAGAUAGUUUUAUACUAUAUGGUCUACAACCAGUUGGUCUAAUUCUCAGAGAGUCUAAUAUCAAAUGGGCUAAAGCUAUUUGGUCUACUUUCAACUCAAUGUAAAUUAGUGAAAGACCUUGUUAUGUGAGGUUGGUAAAUAUUGUCUUGGUCUACACUAUAUCUCAGUCUAGUAUCUCAAGGGCUAAAUUCAUUUGGUCUAUUUUCAAUAGUGAAAGAUCUUGCUAUGUGAGAUUGGUCUAUAUUCCCUGGGUCUAUGAGCACUUGGUCUACUUUUUAGGUACUAAUAUCACAUGGGCUAAAGCCAUUUGGUCUACUACAUAUCAAUUAAUUUCAGAUUAAUGAAAGACCCAGAUUGUUGAUAUUGUCUUGGUCUAGACUACUUCUCAGUCUAAUAUUUCAUGGCCUAAAUCCAUUUGGUCUACUAUGAAUUCAUUGUAGAUGAAUGAAAGGCCUUGUUAUGUGAGAUUGUCUUGAUCUAGAGCACUUCUCAGUCUAAUAUCUCAUGGGCUAAAUCCAUUUGGUCUACUAUGAAUUCAUUGUAGAUUAAUGAAAGGCCUUGUUAUGUGAGAUUGGUUGAUAUUGUCUUGAUCUAGAGCACUUCUCAGUCUAAUAUCUCAUGGGCUAAAUACAUUUGGUCUACUUUCAAUAGUGAAAGACCUUGCUAUGUGAGAUCGGUCUAUAUUCCCUUGUCUAUGAGCAGUUGGUCUACUUCCCUGGUAGUCUAAUACCACACCCCACCCCACCCCCACCCAAAAAAAAGAGGGAGAAAUUUGCAGACCAAAAUAUGCAUUUUUAAUUUAUUGCUAUAACACUCUAUGGGUAUAGCCUAACUGGAAAUUAGGCUUAUAGGUUCAUGUAACAUUGUAACUGGGCUAAAUGGAACUAAAGCAAACACUGAUUAGACAAAUAGGUUAGACCAUGUCGGAUGAUACCAAAUGGAAAAUAGACAAAGCGGAUGUAGACCAUUUGGCAAUUUACUUUUUACAUCGCUGGAAUACUUGAUGAAAGUAUUAGCUCAUUUUCCUCAAUUUGAGGUAAAACUAUCUACACUUUAUAUGUACAUGUAGUUCUUUAUACAUUCCUUCCAUUAAUAAUCAUUUAUCAUCAUUAGAUGUUCUGAAAACUUAGGGUAUGCCUUUGAAGUGUGUCCGACAAAUUGAGAUUCCCAUUUUUCUCCAAAAUGAGCAAAUAAUAUUUUUACAUUUGAUUUACAGCUUAAUAAAACUCUGUUUAUCUUUUAUAUAGAUACCAACUCGGAUAACUAAUUUAUUUUCAUGUAUGUGGUUUGGAGUAAUAGUUCAUGGAUAUUCAUGUGAUUUAGACUAAAAUUGCAUGAAUGCUAUCAAAUCUACUUUGGAAUAAUUUAUUAAUAUUCGGGUUACUGGGAUUAAUAUUUUCC